AUGCGAGUAAAAUUAGGUACUACUAUAUCCAUUGUUGACGACGAAGAAAUUACAUGCAUCAGUAAAGGUGUAAACAUUUACAUGAGUCAAAACUCCUUAGCAUAUGAAGUUAGAGAUGAUAAUGAAUAUAAAUGA